GUGGCACUGGCGAAGCUUUCCCAACUUAAUGUCGGUUUUCUUUCAUCAGGCGUAUCAUUAAUCACAAGGCUUCUAAUUUAUUGAUCCAGGACAAACCAAAGACAGGGCAUUCUUCUACUUUCGUUCGAAGUGUAUCUUAAUACCAUCUACGAAAUAGGAAAAAAUCGGAGCAUGAUGUAAACUACCCCGUCACAUCUCCAGGGAAACUUGGAAGUCGUUCAGAAUAUAAUUUGGGUGUAAUUGUUUACAAUAAAACAACAUAACGGGAACUGGAGAAUUGAAUUUGGGAGGUAAUUCUAUUCCUCUAGCGCAGCGGUUGUAUUUUAUCGAAUAGUCGGACUAGUUAGAGGUCUGUUGGCAUGUGUGAAGUAGUGUACUGUUCAUUGACUCUCUUUCAGACUUAUUAGAAAAGUAUCAUAAAACAUUUUUAUGAGCUGUUAUGACAAUUACAUGGAUUUUUUAUUUUGUGUCUUUCGCCUAGAAUUGUUUUUGGUUGAGCGCAUGCGCUCUGAAUUUUUUGGCACGCGAUUGUCAGACGACAGAAUUGUGUUAUAGAUUCCAUGCACCCUUCCUCUAAUUAGAGAGGUUUGCAGAGGAAUAUUCCAAACGUGAACUUGGCUUGAUCAUGUACGUGUUCGUUAAACAUGUUGUUUUAAACAGAUGGUAAUAUUAUCUAUCUUUGAACUGAGAUGAAGCAUAGUGAUAGUCAAGAAGUAUUUCCGUUGAGCAAAAGAGUUAAAGGGAAACCUUGCAAACUCAAUCAUUCAGCAGACCUAUUAAUAGACACAAACAACGAGAUCUUACAGCUAUGAAACAGAUUGCAUAUAUUCAUUCGGGAUUAUCUGAAUGGGAGAAAAUGAUAGAGAGAUCAAUUGUUUUAUUUGUUGUCUUUCUGGGUGUAUCAUCGAUAUCUUUUGAAAUUCGUCAGCUGGGACAGUCUGUAAUUCAACUAAAUUAUGGAGAAAUAAGAGGACUUCUUGUAACUUUUAAGGGCUCACACUGGACCCCUGUGGAAGUGUAUAGAGGACUUAAAUAUGGGUAUGUAGGCAAUCAUAAAGCGUAUGAUCCGGAGUGGAAUAAAACACAUAUUGCAAAUAAAUGGCUGAGUGUUUGCCCUCAAGAAGAUAUAAGCCACGAAAAUUCUUUAAGAGAGCUUUUAAAGGUGUUGCCACGGUUUCAUGUGAUUCGCUUGUACCAUCGGUCAAAUUACACCAAAAUUCAAGCGGACGACUGUCUGGCAUUGAAUGUCUUUCUGCCAUCUCGAGAAUGGACAGAUACCACACCUUUUGCUGUAAUGGUUUUUGUCCAUGGCGAAUCCUACGAAAUAGGGACCGGAAAUGCCUAUGAUGGAAGCGUGUUGGCGAGUUACGGUGAUGUGAUAGUCAUAACCAUUAACUAUAGACUUGGCGUCCUUGGUUUCCUUAACACUGGCCACAGCUCGGCUCAGGGUAACCAGGCUCUGAUGGACAUUCUGGCCGUGUUACAGUGGGUUCAAGACAAUAUUGCUGCUUUCAACGGAGAUCCCAAAAAGGUCACGCUAUUUGGCCAUGGGCACGGAGCCGCCCUAGUCAACAUUUUAAUGCUCUCCUCAUUAACAGAAAAAGAAAAAUAUUUUCAAAGAGCUGUUAUACAGAGUGGGUCAGCAUUGAGUCCGUGGGCCGUGUCUUAUGACUCGCACUCCUGCGCUCAUUGGCUAGCCCGAAACGUCAACUGUUCCAGUUUCACCAAUGACGUCGAAGGUCUAACAAAGUGCCUCAAAAGUCGUAGUGCUCAAGACUUGGUCAACAGCUCGCCAGCAGCCCCGAAGUAUUACUCGUGUAUGGCCCCUUCACCCAAUCCUUAUCGUGAGAUUUUCAAGGAUUCAGUGGAAAACUUGAUGAAGCAAUCACAUAACACUUUUACUACAAUUCCUGUAAUUUUUGGGGUAACGAGCAGUGAGGCUUAUAUGUAUCUGAAACAAAAAGAACUCACAAAUGGAAUAAGUGAAGAAAGGAAGUCACAGAUACUUCGAACAUUUGUUCUGAAUAACUUCCGGUUUAACCGUCAAAAAAUAUACGAAGUUUUGUAUCAUCAGUAUACCUCGUGGGAUACCGUACAAGACGACUUCACGCGAAGAGAUAACGUUUUACAGCUACUGAGCGACGGUUUAUACGUUGCUCCAUUGAUUAAAAUGACGCAACAACAUUCUUUGAACACAGAUACUUACUUCUAUGCCUUUACACAUGCCACAGUGUCGGACACAGCUCAGUAUCAUAACUGGACAAGCGCGGUCCACGGAGAUGAGCUAGCCUACAUCUUCGGAGCUCCUCUCGUAGAGGGUGUGACACCGUUCUCGGACAAAUUCACCCCUAUGGAGAAGGAAAUUAGCAAGACAAUGAUGUCAUAUUGGACAAACUUUGCCAAGACAGGGGACCCAAACAAACACGAUGGCGAGUUGACGUUUGAACAGAAAAUUCGCAGUAGCCCAGGUUGGCCAAAGUAUGACAGGAAUCAGCAGAUGUUUCUUCACUUUGGUUCAAAUACCUCAGUAUCGAGUCACUACAGAGGAAAACAAUUAUCACUUUGGUUAGAUCUAAUUCCUAAACUAAACAAACCAAUGAAACCAGUGUCUGACCCGAGAGAACACGAACUGACAGACCAAAACAACAUGGCGACCUUUGAUGAACCCCACAGACUGAUUACAAAUUUCAAAAAAAUGUUCCCAUCCCACCCACCAAUUCCUCCAUCACCGCCUCCAUUUAACAGAAGCGGGGGAUAUAAUCCUCUUGGUGAUGCUGGUAGUUCCAAGGAGAAGAAGAAACGUGAAAACUCGCUGGAACAAGCGAAGCCACCCUCAGAAAGACAGGCUGGUCAGGAGUCCAAGCUUAGUAACUCUGUUCCUUUGAGUAUCACCGUAGCUAUUGGAUGUUCGCUGUUAUUUAUCAAUAUAUUACUAUUUUCUGCUGUUUAUUAUCAAAGGCGAAGGAUACAGAGAUUAAACCGAGAGGCAAUAGAGCAGGAACAUAUUGAUCCCAAUGAUUUUCCAGAUGGAGGACAUAAGUCACAGAAAGAGGAAACAGUAACGAAAGAACCGCCCGACCGUGAAGCAGAUGUUGACCUUCAUAGUAAACCUAAUAUUCAAAGUAAUCCUUUAUAUUCUGUGAUAAGUAAGACUCCCAGUGACGUUGCGCAAGAAUCAUCGCACGAAUCAUUGUCAACUCUAUCGUGCGCAUCAUCAAGUGUUAACCAAAAGAACGUUAUAAAUCAUAAAUCGAGUGUUCCGCCCACUCUACCUAAAGACGCCCCCGUGAUACAAAAAGACGCUCCUUUAGGCAAUAUAUCAAAUUCCAAAUAUGCAGCGAAUAAUACCAAAUCAAAAGAUAAAAUGAACAAUAUUCGAAAUUCAACAGCAACAAAUGAUACGAUAACGCUAGUCUGACAAUGAUUGACUGUUAUAGUCUUUUAACGUGAUUAUAAAUUGGUCGAGUGUAAUUACGUUUUCAGUAUAUCAUAUUAUCAUGAUCAUAUUUUCCAUCUUUGUUAUACGUCUGAGAGAAGUAGAAUUGAGGAAAACCAAAAUUAUGAUUGCAUUUUUAACGUGUACAUAAGUUAUAAAUCAUUGCUUCUUGUUGUUAAGUCAUCGUUAUUUUUUGUAUGCAUAUGAAAAAUAAAGGAAAAAGUACCA